UUUUUAGAAAUUGUGCUCCAGUGAUUCCUUGCUUUCCCUGAAGGAGGCAUUAUUGCUGAGCCCAGAGCACCUGGUUCUGCAGGCAGGACGGCUGCCUGUUCUCCCAGGUGGAUGGCCAAGAAGAACUCUGCAGGCUGAGGAUUCUGGUCUCUGCUCCUUCCAAUCUCGGUGCCCAGAAACUCUCGGUGCCCAGAGAGGCAGAUAGAUAGAUAGAUAGAUAGAUAGAUAGAUAGAUAGAUAGAUAGAUAUUGGAAUACACCUACAUUUUCCUCUUCUUUCCCUCCCUCUCUCCUGUUGUCGCAUCUUGAACGGAAGAAUGGUUGCAGAAGUCCAAGAGGUUAUUUUUUUCCUGGGAUGCUUGCUCCUUUAUUUAACUUUGGGAACCGAUGCCGAUCCAGAUGUCUCCUGCGUAUUUAACAGCAAGAAGUACAAGGCAGGGGAGAGCUGGCACCCUUACCUGGAGCCGCAAGGAGUGAUGUAUUGCAUCAGGUGCACCUGCUCUGAGGAUACCAAUGUCAGCUGCUCCCAAAUCCAGUGCCCGCCUCUUCAGUGUCCGAAUCCCAUCAGCGACCCACACCAGUGCUGUUCCAAGUGCCCAGAGCUGCUCACUCCUUCUGGGGCCCAGACGCCAGCCAAUUCCUCCUGCCGCUACAACGGCACGGCCUACCGGCAUGGAGACAUCUUCACCCACAACGAGCUCUUCCCUUCCAGGCAGUCAAAUCAAUGCACCCAGUGCAGUUGCUCGGAAGGCCACAUUUACUGUGGCCUGGUGACCUGCCCAGAGGUGCUGUGUGCCUCUCCCGAAACGAUGCCAGGCUCCUGUUGCCAAGUCUGCAGAGAUAAUUCCUUUGAGAGGUUGAUAGAAGAGCCCCAAUUAAACAGAGGCGUCAGGCACCCCCGUUACCACUGUGCGGUGGGCGCCGGGAGCAGAGGAUCUGCCGGAGCAGCUGAUCCCCCAACGGGCGCCUCGCUGGAGCUCAUCCCCAAGAACAUAAAGAAGAAAGUGGGAAGCGGAGGCACAACGGUCAGAAUUAUUCUGAAGGAGCAGAACAAAAAAGCUUGUGUGUACAACGGGAAGACCUACUCGCACGGAGAAGUGUGGCACCCAACGAUCCGCCACUUUGUGCUCCUGCCCUGCAUCCUGUGCACCUGCAAAGACGGGAGCCAGGAUUGCCGGAAGAUCACAUGCCCCAAGGAGUACCCCUGCGAGGAACCUGAAAACGUGGAAGGGAAAUGCUGUAAAGUCUGCCCAGAGGACAAAGAGACGCCCACCGAAAGCGGGGUCGAUACCACCAGAUGCCAAGUGUCCGUCUACACGUUCGUUCCGUCCUCCACCUCAGAGAACCCCAAAGAGAACUUGAGGAAGAUUGCGAUUGAGCGGGAAUCCUCGGAAGACGUCGAGAUCUACAUCUGGAAGCUGGUGAAAGGAAUCUUUCAUCUGAUCCAGAUCAAGAAGGUCAAGAAGCAAGAGUUCCGGCAAGAAGUGCAGAACUUCCGGCUGGUUUCCAGGACAAACGAAGCUUAUUGGAACACGUUCCUGGUUCAAGGCCCAGAGGCGAAGAUCUCCGAAAGUCCGGACAGAGAAAUAAAGAACUUGUAAAAGAAUUGGGGGAGGGGGGUCUAUUGAUAUUAAUAUAUAUGGGGGAAAGUUGCAUUAUUGAGUAAACAAUCGCCGCAGAAACAGGAAAGACAAUCGACAACCAGCUUUAUGAAAAUGCCAGCAAAUUAACCUCAUGGCAACGAGGACGACCAAUAUGGCCGCUUGACUUCAACGCUCCAGAUCCUGCCGGUGCAACCAGCCUUUCCAAAUGCUGCAAGAGUGAAUGGAUGGCCCUUUCACCUGCUUCCUGCUUGGGUGAGGGGGGGGUUGAGACCAGGAAAGAUGCUUUAACCCUUUAGGGGAGACUGAAGGGCUGCCGCUUCUCAUUGAGCAUGUAGGGAACAGUCGCCAUAGAGCUUUGAUUCUGCUGUUGCACCAACUCUUCUGGGAUAGCAAAGGGCAUGUGUCGGAUAGGAAGAGGGUUUCCGUUGCAGAAACGGAAUAUUUUGCAUUUGCCUCCCAGCCGCCCUGUAGGAGUCUCUGCGUCGCUCGAGGUUUUGGGUACAGCCAAGAAUUGACGAAUCUGCAAACUCCAAGUGCUGUCAUCCGAUGCUGGAAUUUGAAAUCUGAAUUCAGGAAGUGGAACAGGCAUUCCACAAUUCAAAUGAUCUCCCCUGGAUACUUUGACAAACUACACUUUAAAAAGCCCACUUUCCUUCGGCCUCUCAUUUGAAUUUUGAAUGUAAGCCUUAUGUCAAGUGCUUUUUGUUUCGUUUGGCUGCAGGAGGGGAAAGGGUGUCUGGCGCAAAGGUUGCCCCAAAUUUCUCCACCUUGAUGGUCCACAAACUCAUCCCCGCUUCCCCGGCUACCUUACCCUAGGGAAAGCGUUCUUCAGAGAAGCAGUUUGCACAACCCACCAAGGAAGAUAAUAACACAACAAUAGCAAUUGCACAUUUAUUCCAAAGUCAAUUGAAAUCUAUUUAGUUUAUUAUUAUUAUUUAUUAAAUUUGUAUACCGCCCUUCAUCCAUAGAUCUCAGGGCGGUUCACAGCAUAAAAGCACAAGAUAAAAAUAGCAAAUACAUAGCAAAGCAAAACAAUAACCGCCCUCCCGCCGCCACCCCCCCAUUAGCAAAAUGGAUGAACUACACACACACACACACACACACACACACACACACGCUUUUCAGAUAUAUACAUUUCACUCAUUUUUCAAUCAGUUCGACAUUUUAAAACUUUGUUUCCUUCCCCCUUUUUCUGAGGUUCCUUCAAUUUAUUUUUAAUAUCUUUUGCAUAUCCAAAUUAGCAAAAUGGAUGAACUUGACCCACUGAUACCAGUUUUUCAAAGUCUGAUGGGAUACACACCGAUGCCGCUAGC